AUGAGCGCAAAGGUCCCGAAGUUGUUCAACAAGUGGUCGUUCGAGAAUCUCCAGACGACGGAGAUCGCUCUUAGCGACCACAUCGCGAAGACGGCAACCUACGUGCCGCACUCCGCAGGCCGCUGGCAGAAGAAGCGCUUUCGCAAGGCCCGCAUCCCUAUUGUGGAGCGCCUGACGAAUGGCCUGAUGUUCAAGGGUCGCGGCAACGGCAAGAAACUCCAGGCUGUGCGCCUCGUGAAGCACACGCUCGAGAUCAUCCACCUGCUGACGGACCAGAACCCCCUGCAGGUGGUGAUCGAUGCCGUGUCCAAGGGUGCGCCCCGUGAGGACUCGACCCGUGUCGGUUCCGGUGGUGUGGUGCGCCGCCAGGCCGUUGACGUGUCGC